UUGACAUGAUGAAUCAACAAAGACACACGUGAACUCAGGACUGACUGAGGAACAACUCAGUCCGAUCGUCUAGACGCCAACCCGGAUCCCCUGAACAGCCCGCUGCCAUCUCAUGGGCGCACGCCGGCAUUGGCCUUGAACCCUCAGUUAGUUGAGAGAGCAUGACAGACUCGCUCAUGAAGAAUGGGGGCCUAGCCCUCAAAAUGAUGCAAGCCCAAGGAUGGCAAGAAGGUCAAGGCUUGGGCAAGAGUAAUCAUGGCGUGUGCGAACCCGUCAAAGCCUCCAUGAAGUUUGAUCAAUCCGGAUUAGGCCACGAUCGGGCCCAAGAGUUCACCCAUCAUUGGUGGGAUAUCGCCUUCAACAAAGCCGCCCAAACCAUUCAGGUCACCCAGGAUGAACACGGUGAAUUGAAUUUGAACAUGGAGCGCAAACUCACCAAGAAGGAAAAGCAGACUCGGAAACGGAAAGCCAAGCGAGAUAUGUACGCCCAGUUCGUUCAGGCGGCCACCUUGUCCAAUGGUGAUCUGGUCGCCACGUGUCCGGAGAGUGAUGUCUCGGGCGACGAACAGGAUGAAGCCGAAGCUGAGGCCAGGGACCGCCUAGCUCAGGCCAAAGCCCUCAAUUUGCUCACCGAUGAAGAGCUCUUUCAAGCCUGCGGGGGAUUAACGGCCCACAAGGGCGCACGUCAUGGCCAUAACAUGACGGCCAAACAUAAUCGCGUGGCUGCCAUGGAAGCCCAAUACAUGGCCGAUAUGGCCGCCAAGGCCGCCCAACUGCCACGAGCCCAGAAUGGAACACCCCCCACCUCCACCCCACACCUGGGCGGCCCCAACUUGUUGGCGGAAGAAGGGAAGAAAAAGAAGAAGAAAAAAGCCAAGAAAAGCCAGAAAGAACUAGUAGAACCCGUGGUAGAAGCCAAGUUGAGUGUAAUGUCUCCACCAGCCACCGAGGUUAUCAAAAGAAAAAAAAGGAAGCGAGACGUGCUGACUGAGGAAACGGUGGACCAGGCCCCUUUGGCUGAGGGUUCCGCAAAGAAGAAGAAAAAGAAGAAAAAAUCUAAAAAGAUCCCGACUAAUUAGGAAUCACAAGGAAUUAAUACACGUUUGUACAACUUUUCUCAA